AUGGGACGCUUGCCCAUGUUCACCUCCAGCGGGCUGUGCUGCGCCCAGGAAAUCCUGGGCGCCGUCACCCGCAGUGAGGCCCCGGUGCUCACACUGGGGACCAGUUCCACCGUCUUCUUCCGGAUCGCCCUGUGCCUCGUCCUCUCGGGGUCGUCCCGAGGCCGGGCGUGGCGCGCUGCUGGGGCCGCGCCGGGCCUUCAGUUCCUCAGACUACAGUACAGUAUACUGGUCCACAGUGAGAACUGCGCUCACCGCCGUGUGAGAAAUAUGGAAACGCACAGUAGCUCUAAGAGGCAGGAACGAAUAAUAGACGUGUGCUUGUCUCCUCUUGUAUCCACAGCCACACCUCAUCCUGGAGGGUUCAAGUGCUUCACAUGUAAAGAUGCACCAGACAACUACGAAUGCAAUCGCUGGGCUCCGGACGUAUACUGCCCACGAGAGACCAGGUACUGCUACACCCUCCAUGUGAUGGACGUCCAGGGGAACACUGUGUCUGUGACCAAACGCUGCGUGGCCCUGGUCCACUGUCUGUCUACAGGCUGCACCCAGGACAACCAUGAAGGAUACAAGGUCUGCACUGUUUGCUGUGAAGGAAACAUCUGUAACAUGCAGUUGCCAAGAAACAAGACAGAUGCCAUCUUUUCCACCACCUCUCUCCUCCACAGCAGUAACGGUCUACUCACACACUACUGGCUGCUCACUGGCUGUCUGAGCUCUACCGUCAUCAGCGUCAUGCUUUCCAACAGUCUAUGACAUUAACAAUCCUACCGUCAUCAGCGUCAUGCUAUCCAACAGUCUAUGACAUCUAACACUCCUACCGUCAUCAGCGUCAUGCUAUCUAACACUCCUACCAUCAUCAGCGUCAUGCUAUCCAACAGUCUAUGACAUCUAACACUCCUACCGUCAUCAGCGUCAUGCUAUCUAACACUCCUACCGUCAUCAGCGUCAUGCUGUCCAACAGUCUAUGACAUUAACACUCCUACCGUCAUCAGCGUCAUGCUAUCCAACAGUCUAUGACAUUAAC